UGGAACCUCCCCGCCUUGCUCCUCGACAGCUGGUGGCCAGGAAGGGGCGCCCCAAGUGAGUGCCCCCACCUCCAGCUCCCGCCCCAAGCUUCCCAGCAUUCCUCUUCCCCGGGCAGGAACCGCAGCCGGAGCAGAGCCCGGCGGGCCGUGCCGCGCCCAGCCGCCGGCACUGCCGCGAAGAUGGCCGUGGCGCUGCGGUACGUGUGGCCGCUGCUCUUGUGCAGUCCUGGUUUGCUCAUCCAGAUCCCCGAGGAAUAUGAGGGACUGCAUGUGAUGGAGCCGCCAGUCAUUACGGAACAGUCACCACGGCGCCUGGUCGUCUUUCCCACGGAUGACAUCAUCCUCAAGUGCGAAGCCAGCGGCAAGCCCGAAGUAGAGUUCCGCUGGGCACGGGACGGCAUCCACUUCGAGCCCAAGGAGCAGCUGGGCGUAACCGUGCACCAGGCAGCACGCUCGGGCUCCUUCACCCUCACGGGCAACAACAGCCAUUUUGCCCAGAGGUUCCAGGGCACCUACCGCUGCUUUGCCAGCAACAACCUGGGAACGGCCAUGUCCCAUGAGAUCCAGCUGGUGGCGGAGGGUGCUCCCAAGUGGCCCAAGGAGACUGUGAAGCCGGUGGAAGUGGAGGAGGGCGAGCCGUUGGUGCUGCCUUGCCACCCACCCCCCAGCGCUGAGCCCCCUCGCAUCUACUGGAUGAACAGCAAGAUUCUACACAUCAAACAGGACGAUCGGGUGACCAUGGGUCAGAACGGGAACCUCUACUUCGCCAACGUGCGCACAGAAGACAUUCACUCGGACUACAUCUGCCACGCUCACUUCCUCGGGGCCCGCACCAUCAUCCAGAAGGAACCUAUUGACCUCCGGGUUAAGGCCACCAACAGCAUGAUUGACAGGAAGCCUCGCCUGCUCUUCCCCACCAACGCCAGCAGCCACCUGGUGGCCUUGCAGGGACAAGCCCUGGUCCUGGAGUGCAUUGCUGAGGGCUACCCCACACCCACCAUCAAGUGGCUGCGUCUAAGUGGCCCCCUGCCGGCUGACCGCGUGACCUACCAGAACCACAACAAGACGCUGCAUCUGGUGAGGGUGGGUGAGGAAGAUGAUGGCGAGUACCACUGCCUGGCUGAGAACCCUCUGGGCACCGCCCGGCAUGCCUACUAUGUCACCGUGGAAGCUGCCCCGUACUGGUUGCACAUGCCCCAGAGCCACCUGUACGGGCCAGGAGAGACUGCGCGCCUGGACUGCCAAGCCCAGGGCCGGCCCCAGCCCGAAGUCACCUGGAGAAUCAACGGGAUCCCCUUAAAGGAGCUGCGCGAGGACCAGAAGUACUGGACUCAGCAAGGAAACGCCUUGGUCCUGAGCAACGUGCAGCCCAGCGACACCAUGGUGACCCAGUGUGAAGCUCGCAACAGGCACGGGCUCCUGCUGGCCAAUGCCUACAUCUAUGUUGUCCAGUUACCCGCCCAGAUCCUUACUCCAGACAAUCAGACGUACCUGGCUGUGGAGGGCAGCACGGCCUACCUCCUGUGCAAGGCGUUUGGAGCCCCUGUACCCAGUGUCCAAUGGCUGGACAAGGGCGGGACGACGGUUCUCCAGGAUGAGCGCUUCUUCCCUUAUGCCAACGGGACCCUGCGCAUCCGGGACCUCCAAGCCAAUGACACGGCGCACUACUUCUGCCAAGCCACCAACGACCAAAACAAUGUCACCAUUGUGGCUAACCUGCAGGUCAAAGAUGCCACUCGGAUCACGAAGGCGCCCCGAAGUGCCGUGGAGAAGAAGGGCUCCUGGGUGAACUUCACGUGCCAGGCCUCCUUCGACCCCUCCUUGCAGCACAGCCUCAUGUGGCGCAGGGAUGGCCACCACCUCCAGGACCUCGGAGACAGUGACAAGUACUUCAUUGAUACUAGCAGUUUAGUCAUCAACAGCCUGGACUACAGCGACCAGGGCAACUACAGCUGUGUGGCCAGCACCGAGCUGGACAUGGUGGAGAGGAGCGCCCAGCUACUGGUGGUGGGGAGUCCGGGGCCGGUGCCUCAGCUGGAGCUGUCCGACCACCACCUGUUGAUGCAGAACCAGGUGCGCCUGUCUUGGAGCCCUGCUGAGGACCACAACGCCCCCAUUGAGAAGUAUGACAUUGAAUUUGAAGACAACAAAAUGGAGCCAGAGAGAUGGUUCACGCUGGGCAAGGUGCCUGGGAACCAGACCUCAGCCACUCUCAAGCUGUCGCCCUACGUCCACUAUACCUUCAGAGUCACUGCCAUUAACAAAUAUGGCCCUGGGGAGCCCAGCCCGGCCUCUGAGACUGUGGUAACGCCUGAGGCAGCCCCAGAGAAGAACCCACUGGACGUGAGGGGGGAAGGGAACGAGACCAACAACAUGGUCAUCACGUGGAAGCCAUUGAAGUGGGUCGACUGGAACGCCCCUCAGGUCCAGUACCGGGUACAGUGGCGCCCUCGGGGGGCUAAGGGCGUGGCCUGGCAGGAGCAGAUUGUGAGCGAGCCCCUCCUGGUGGUGACCAACACCUCCACCUUUGUGCCCUAUGACAUCAAAGUACAGGCCGUCAACAGCCAGGGCAAGGGCCCUGAGCCCCGCAUCACCGUUGGCUACUCGGGCGAGGACUUUCCCCAGGCCAGUCCCCAGCUAAACGAUGAAGUCACCGUCAUCAACUCCAGCACUGUGCUGAUCCUGUGGCAGCCUGUGGAGCCAGCCCAAGUCAAGGGUCACCUCCGCGGAUACAACGUGACAUACUGGUGGGAGAGCCCCCAGAGGCAUCCACACAGAGGCCACGUGAUGGUCCCUGCCAACGCCACCAAUGUCACCCUCAGCGGCCUGCAGCCGUACACCUCCUACCACCUGGAAGUGCGGGCCUUCAAUGGGCGGGGCUCAGGGCCUGCCAGUGAGACCACCUUCAGCACCCCAGAGGGAGUGCCCGGUCCACCAGAGGUGCUGCACCUGGAGUGCCAGUCAGACACCAGCCUGCAGCUGUGCUGGCAGCCCCCGCUCAGUCGCAAUGGAGUGCUGACUGGCUACCUGCUGUCCUACCGCCCAGUGGACAGCGGCAGCCAGGAGGAGCUGUCUUUCGAGCUUAAGGACCCAGAGUUGCAAGCGCACAACCUGACCAACCUCAUCCCCGGCCGGCAGUACCGCUUCCAGCUGCAGGCUACCACUAAGAUGGGCGCGGGCGAUGCCAUUUCACAGGAAGGGGGCACCAUGGCCCUGUUGGAGAGCUCGAAUUUUGGCCACAUCUCGACCACCACUGGCGAGAACUACAGCAUUGUCUCCUGGGUCCCCAAGGAGGGCCAGUGCAACUUCGGCUUCCACAUCCGCUUCAAGACCAUGGGCGAGGAGAAGGUGGGUCCGGCCCUCCCAGUGCACUACGUCAGCUACAACCAGAGCUCCUACACGCAGUGGAACCUGCAGCCAGGCACGGACUACGAGAUCCACCUGCUGAAGGACGAGGGGCUGCUCUACCGCACGUUUAUCAAGACCAAUGGCACUGGACGGGUGAGGCUGCCUCCCGCCGGCUUUGCCACCGAGGGCUGGUUCAUUGGCUUCGUCAGCGCCACCAUCCUCCUGCUCCUCAUUCUCCUUCUCCUCUGCUUCAUCAGACGCAGCAAGGGUGGCAAGUACUCAGUGAAGGACAAGGAGGACACCCAGGUGGACUCGGAGGCCCGGCCAAUGAAAGAUGAGACCUUCGGCGAGUACAGGUCCCUGGAGAGUGACAACGAGGAGAAGGCCUUUGGCAGCAGCCAGCCAUCCCUCAAUGGGGACAUUAAACCCCUGGGGAGUGAUGACAGCCUGGCCGAUUAUGGGGGCAGCGUGGACGUCCAGUUCAACGAGGAUGGCUCCUUCAUCGGCCAGUACAGUGGCAAGAAAGAGAAGGAAGCUGCAGGUGGCAAUGACAGCUCAGGGGCCACCUCCCCCAUCAACCCUGCCGUGACCCUGGAAUAGUGGGGCCGAGCCAGGCACAGCAGGCAGGGCUCUGCCCAGGGUUGGGCUGCAGGGCCUUCCCAGGCCAAGAUGCCCCUGCUCACUGUGCCCCUGCCCUGUCCUCCGGCCCUGGGCUGCUGGGGCUGGAAUUUGGGGGCAGGGGACUAGUGCUCACCGCCUCCAGCUCCCUCCCCAACCCCUUUCCCCAGUUUAUUGCCAAAACCCAGCUGCAUCCUCCCAGAAGCGCUCUCUGCUCAGGCUGUCGGCACAGAGAGAGGCCCUGAGUUGGGGGAUGGAAAGGAACUAGGACACUGUCCCUGUGGUGCCCUCACUGGGGACAGACCUGGCAUGGGUCUCUCCUGUCUGCUUUCCUCCACCACCCCCACCCUGGCCCCCUCCCCAGCCUCUCCCUGGCCAGCCUGUGGGGCUGGGGCAGAAGCAUCGCCCUGUCCCCCCAUCAGCUCUAACUGAGAUAGGAGCGGGGUGAACUAGCCAUGGUGGUGGGGAGGCCAUCGGAAGAGCCCAGCGGCCCCACCCCAAAUACUGCAACCCCCACUGCUGCCCCUCCCCAACGGCUGGCUUUCAGGUGCACCUCACACAUGCUGCCUUUGGUCCCACCACGCAACAUCCCUGUGGCCUGUGUCACUGCCGGGUGAGGGGUGGGCCACUGCCUCCCCUGCCCACGCCCCGGGCCUCUCCCAGCCGCCACUACCCUCAUGCCCCCUUGCCUGCCCCCCCCAUGCCCCAGUCGUCUGAACAGUCCUGUUCUUCAGCCUCCCCUGUCCCCACCUUGGGAAUGUACAUACAUUGUGACUUGGACAGUUCGUCCCUAUACCCUUUCCCCACUAGUGUGUGAGGCAGAUGUUGCAGUCUCUAGGUGGUUUCUAGGUUUUAUAGUAAUAGCUUUGAUGAUCCCACCCCCAGGAAAAAGAAAAACAAACGAAAAAACCAGACAGCUCCCCCCACCCCGCCCCCGCGCCGUCUUUGCUUGGUCUGUCCAUGAGCCCUCUACAAAAACCAGAAGUCUAUAUAUAUAUAUGUACAUAAAUAUCAGAAAUCUAACUGGCAGAUAAAAACCUGCAAACAAAA